GGACGCAGCGGGAGGCCCCGGAGCAGCACAGCCCGACGGAGGACCGCCGGACUUGUACGUGAGGGGCAGCGCCGGCACAGCACUCCUGCGCCCCGAAAACCCGGGAUCCAUAGUCCUCAGACCCGGUGAGACCCCAAAGUCUUGGCCCUAGGGGUCCUCGGACCCGAGAUCUCCGCUCCGAACCCCGGGCCUACUCCACCCGGGUUACCCCCUCCCGAGGGCUCCUUCUGAUCCCCGGUCUCAGGAUCACAAAUGUAAGCCCAGAGGAGUCGCAGUCAUGUUCCUGGUUAAUUCGUUCUUGAAGGGCGGUGGCGGCGGCGGGGGAGGCGGGGGUCUGGGCAAUGUACUGGGAGGCCUCAUCAGCGGAGCUGGGGGCGGCGGCGGCGGCGGAGGCGGCGGCAUGGGAAUGGGAGGAGGCGGCGGAGGCGGUGGAACGGCCAUGCGCAUCCUGGGAGGAGUCAUUAGCGCCAUCAGCGAGGCGGCUGCGCAGUACAACCCGGAACCCCCGCCCCCGCGAAGCCAUUACUCCAACAUUGAAGCCAAUGAGAGUGAGGAGGUCCGGCAGUUCAGGAGACUUUUUGCUCAGCUGGCUGGAGAUGACAUGGAGGUCAGCGCCACAGAGCUCAUGAACAUCCUCAACAAGGUCGUGACCCGACACCCUGAUCUAAAAACUGAUGGUUUUGGCCUUGACACAUGUCGGAGCAUGGUGGCUGUGAUGGAUAGUGACACCACAGGCAAGCUGGGCUUUGAGGAAUUCAAGUACCUCUGGAAUAACAUUAAAAAGUGGCAGGCGAUAUACAAACGGUUUGAUGUUGACCGAUCGGGGACCAUCUGUAGCAGUGAACUCCCAGGGGCCUUCGAGGCUGCAGGGUUCCACCUGAAUGAACAUCUCUACAAUAUGAUCAUCCGGCGCUACUCGGAUGAGAGUGGGAACAUGGACUUUGACAACUUCAUCAGCUGCUUGGUCAGGCUGGACGCCAUGUUCCGUGCCUUCAAAUCUCUUGACAAAGAUGGAACUGGACAGAUCCAAGUGAACAUCCAGGAGUGGCUGCAGCUGACUAUGUAUUCCUGAAUGAGAAGUCCAGACCAGGCCCCUCAGUGCUCAUCCUGGAGCCACCUUGGACCCUGAUCUUGUCUGCAGUCAUGUUUUCAUGGUCACGUCUUCUCCCCACAGGUCUUUUCCCAGCCCUCGUACCAGACCAACAUGCCCCAGCUUGCCAUACCUUGAGCUAUCCCUGGCUCUAAAGCACACUAGCGUGCUCUGCCUAAAGGUCACCCCACCCCAUCACACCCAUCCCACACCCUAUUACCAGGUCUUCUGUACCUGUGCCAAAACACAGAUUGCUUCCAUGUCCCAAGGGCCCUAUCUCAGUUCUGAGAGGAUCACUCCUGUCCCUGCAUACCCUGGCACACACUUAUUCACCCUUACCACCCAGGCAGCCAAAUAAACUCCAGGCUAUGGCAGGCCAACACACCCUAGUGCCUUUGCCUGCCCUCUGUUCCCCCAGCCUGCCAUUCCCAGGAGGAAAUAAACACUCCUGCUUCCUAUGGGAA